ACGUCUCCAUGGAAACGUUAACAACAAACGCGCUGUAGUGUGUCGGGUUUAUUGCAAGUAGCUGUGGUCAACAAUAUUACUCUCCUUUUCUUUUUAUGUGUUUUUAAAGACAUUUUAAAUCAGAAAUACGCGCGUGGCAAUAAGUUUUCACUUUGUCGUGACUGUUUGUAUCCCUGUUAAAACGUCUUUCUUAUCAGCUUUUAUCACUAAAGCUCAAAAGAAAUGCCUCAAAGCGCCACGUCCUCCUGUGGAAAGCAGUCGGGCAGCAGCGCGUUCACUCGCCGCUAUCGCACACGAGCCCUCACCUCUCAUGUGGACGAGACCCUCUUCGGGACACUAAAACAGCAUUCUGCUGGUGAUGCGAAAGACGAUCCUGAAUGCGGGAGCGUGAGAUCGAGGACACUGUCACGCUCUGCUCCUGCACCCAAAGAGCCAAAGUCAGAGACAGUGCGCAUUAUCACUAAAGACCUCAUCAGGGACCUCAGAAUCCCAAAUGAGGACCCAUCUGGGCAGUCUGUCAUCCUGUCCUCGGCUGAGUUCAGGCGAAUCAUGAUGGAAUCUCAUUUUCCCAGUUUAGAGGAGAAGGCAGCUGUGCUGGAGGCCCAACGCCUAGCCCGCGAGGAAGCCAUGGAUGCUGCAGAGCAGAGAAAAGCACAGAUGCGUCAGGCAGACCUGUCUCGGCAGAAGAACCAGAACCUCAGUGAGCUCGAGGCAGAGGCAAGGGACCGGGCUCAGUACCUGUUGGAACGGGCCAACACCCUGAGAAUGGAACAAGAGGAUGAAGUCAAGAAGCUCAAUGAGUUAAUUCAGGAAGUGCAGUGCCAUGUCGUCCGGGAUGUGCAGAUUCAGGAGAAGAAACUGAACAGUGCAGAAUGGUUAGAGGAAGAGAAGAGACUGGAUGCCAUGAUGGAGGUGGAGCGUCGCCGGGCCUUAGAAACCCAGGAACAAAUUGAACAGCUGCGAAAGCAACAAAGGAUUAAUGGGAAGCUGUGCAUCCUGGACCAGAUCCAGAUGUGUUUGGAGGAGAAAAUGCUACAGGAUGAGUUGAAGGAGCAGGAGGGUCAGCAGUUGUUGGAAAACAUGGAGAGGAUGCAGAUGGAGGAGCUCAAGGCCAUUGAAAGGAAGAAGGAGGAGCAGAGGAUUUUACUUCAAGAGAUUCAGAAGAUAAAUGAAGAGAAUUUGCUUGCUAAAGAGCAGAAAAAGGAAGAAGAGAGAUUAGCAGAUCUGCGAGCUGUAGAGUAUACACGCAAGAAAUUGGAACGAGAGGCAGAGUAUGAAGCUGAGCAGAUUCGUAUAAAGAAAGACAAAGAGAAGGAAGUGGCGCGACUGAGAGCUCUUCAAGAAAGGGACAGAGACCAUAAAGCUGAGCAGGAUGAGAUCAGGGCACGGAGGAACCAAGAAGCGGCUGGAAGGGAAUGGAGAAGAAAAGAGAAAGAGCAGACUUUGAAAAAGCUGGAAGUGGAAGAGAAGCUAAAGGCUGCUCGUUUGGAGCAAGUCACUCAUAAGGAGCACUUGCUGUCCAUUGAAGCUGGACGAGAGAGAGCAGAGUUUGAGAGGGUCCUGAGAGCACAGCAGGAGCUCAUUGAGAAAGAACGAGAAAGAGAGGGUCAACGGCAUCAGCAAAUCCAAAGGCAUGCUGAGGCUGUGAGGCAGCAGGUACGGGAGAGAGAGAUGCAGGCCAUCACUCAGCGCAGAGAGAUGUUCCGAGAGGGGGAUCGGCUGGAAGAGGAGGCACGCAAUCGCAGAGCACGAUUGGACGAGAUUAAAGAAAAGAAGCUGAGGGAACUCAAGGCAGCUGGGCUCUCAGACAAGUACUACAAGGAAGUGGAGCGUAAGGUUCGAGCCCUUCCAGUUGUUUAAACUGAUGAAAGGAAGAAAUAGAAGAGAUUCUAUAAAUAAACAAAUGUGGCCUGACAUAUAAAACUGUUCAAACAUUUUUGGCUGAUGGUUUUAUGGAAAAGAUUGCAUCAUCGCUUAUGCAAAGAAUAAAAUAAAUUAAAGGUUAAACAAAAUAUGUCAAGGAAUCUGUGGCUGACUCAAUAUAACUCCUUAUAUAAGUACUUACUGUAUUACAGAAAUAAUAUAUUCUACAAGAAUAUAUCUAAGUGCAAACUGAUUGUAAUAUUUUUGGAAACUUAAUUGCAUGUUAACUGUAACGAAUUGGGGAAAAAAGAAUUGGUGUUUUAAUUAAAUGCAAUUAGCUGAAAAUUGCUCUUUUAAACACUUGAACAGAUCUUUAUGUAAAUUUCAUAAUUCUAUUAUUUUUGAAAUGUUUAAAGUGCACUGCUGAAUCUUCUGACAAGAAUUUAGGAAAAAUUAAAACAUACUGUAUAUCUUUUUUUUUUUUAAACUUGUAUGACAUGAAUUUAAAUUGAUCCAUAAUACAUUAUAUAUUAAAUAUUUACAAUUUUGUAUAUUUAAAAUAUGUUAACUUUAAUUUUGGAAAACACAGUACAGAUAUAAACUCUUAUUAAUACAUGCUUUAGUUGUCAUUUUGUUAAAAUAUGAUAUGCAUACAGAGUUUUUUAAAAGCAUACUUUUAAGAUUUCAAGUACACUGCAAAUGUACACUGCACAUUUAAUACAAUUAAUCACACUUCUUUUUCACAGUGGAGAUUAGUUCUCAGAGUUUUUUUCUAGUGUACUAAGUACUUUCUAUUUGCAUUCCCAAAGUCAAGGGUUAUGAAAGCCUCGGCUCACAAACGUAACCACCUCUCAGUGUACUUUCCUCUAAUGGGGACUUUAGUUAAAUUUACAUUAAACUGUUUGAUUUAAAUGAUGUGGGUAUAGAUAGCAUGCCAUAAUACAUAGGGAAUUAAAUAAAUGACAGUGGAUAUUGUGGAUCAUAGAGCAACAUGAUACAAUGAACUUGACAAUGAAUAGUAAAGGCAAAUUAUUGGAUUAACUUCUCUGUGAUGACUGUGAUGGUGAUGAUUGUGAGGGGGACUUUGGAGGGAGCAGGGCUCUCGUGUCAUAAUGAAGCCAUCUGGAAUUCACGGAGAAGGGAGCAAUAAAAGACUAUGUAAUUUCCUUAUUAUCAGCGACAACAGGAAUAUCUUAGUAUUGUUGUUCAUAUGUUGCAGUUGUGUAUGUGUAUGUUACCUUUUUGCUCUUAACUUUAUAAAACUUGAUGUCUCUU